GUAGCAGCUCCUCUCCCCCUGAUGUGACAACCAAAAAUGUCUUGCGGGGGUGGGGGGAAUAUUGGCCUAUACUGUGCUUGUUGUUCUGGUGUGUAUUUCUACUUUCAUAAAUAGAUGAGAGCAUACCAUAUGUGCUGUGGUACAUUUUGCUCUUUUUCCCUAAUGAGCUUUAAGAUCUUUCCAUAUCAUUAUAUAAAGAUCUGCUUCCUCCUUUUUUGUGGCUGUAUAUAUAGUAUAUUCCAUUGAACAGGUUUGAUUUCUUUAACCAGUCCACCAGAUUAGAGGUCAGUUGGGUUGUUUCAUUCACCAUUGCCACAGACAUCAUUCAGCAUCUGUUUAGUGGAUGUAGGUGCCAGUCCCAUUGUUCCAGACCUGUAAGCUUGGCUUACUGCACCUACAUGGGAUCCAUUCCUAGGUGAAGAAUUGUUGAGUUAGGGCUGUAUGUAUCAUCUUUAUCGUAGUACACUGUUAAUUGCUGCUGGAAUUCUGUAAAUCCCUUCAAGUAAUGGCCAGUCAUUAUUUAAUAAUUAGACUAUGGAGUGGUUUCUGGGUUCCAUUGUACAAUCUAUGUUAAAAUGUAAUGGAAGUUCUCAAACCUGCCUUCCAAGAACUAUUAAAUGCUAAAGGAUAUCAUUGUUCCAACUCAAUUUGAAUAGACUAACGACUAGAGUAUAAAUUGGCAAAUGGAUGGAGGCACACAGUCCUUUGCGGUGGCUCAAGAUGGCAGUGCGCAACGGCGCCAUGAGCAAUUCAGAUAACAGCAGCAGCGGUGGCCCCAACAAUGCGGAGGGGUUGGCUGGGUGCCUCGAGGCGGCAAUGCCAGCUUGGGGUUGGGAGCAGUGCCCGAGUGGGCCGGAGAAACCAAGAGCUGGUGCUGCAAAUAACCAGUUGCCAACCUCGCACCUCAGCCUGAGGCAUAAGGUGGAUGAGCAUGAACCAGAUGGCAAUGAGCUUCAGACCACCCCUGAAUUCCGAACCCACGUGGCCAAGAAAUGGAGAGUUCUACUGGGCAGAGUCAUUACCAUCUCACAAGUAGUGAAGGAGCCAAGAAAAGCUGAGGUACAGAAAGUCGCCUCGGAGGAUGAUUGUUUCUGCCUUGUCUUCACAUCCAUCCUGGAAAGCGCUGAAAAGGAAGCUUCUCCCAAACCCCACCGAAAGUGGCAGCCCUCCAUCUCCAGCAAGGACAGCGACCAGGAGUGGCAGUGGUACAGGGAGGCAGUGGUGUCGGCAUCCGACAUCCUUCAGGAGUCAGCCCUCCACGGCCCUGUCAGGGUGGAGAAGGAGCCAGGAAAGAAAAGGAAGUUGAAAAAGAAAGCCAAGAAGGUGGCUGGUGUCGACUCUGCUGUAGCCGCCUCCACCAGCACCCCCACCAGCACCACCAGAGAGGCCAUGGUCCAGAAGCAGGAAAAGGAGCCAGGUGAGUUCACCAGGGAGCAUGUGCCACUUGGGACCGAAAAGAAGAAAAGGAAGAAAAAGGCAAAGGAGGCCUGUGAGCCUUCUCCACUCCCACCAGCAAAAAGUGCUGCAGCAGAGCCUACAGACUGCCGUUCUCCCCCGUCUGUGGGCAGAGGGCCCAGCUAGCUCCACGGACAAGGUGCCCACGGAGGGUAAGGCAUUUCCAAGCCCCGCCUCUCUCUCUCCAAGUUCAAGGGCUUGGCUGGCAAGUCCAGACUCUGCCCGUGAGAUGCUGGUCGUGAUGGGGGCUUGCCCAAAAGUUGGGACAAAGAUGUGGCUAUAGGGUCAGAAGCCUAAGCAAGGCCUGCCUCUCUGUGCUCCCACAGGGCCUGGGGCAGACCUAUUAUACCAGAACAUUCCUUCCAGUUAUUCAAGACUACUGGCCAAGUGGUACAGCUCCCAUCUCCCCAGAAGUGUCUGAGGUGGGCCAGUAAGGGGACACCUUUCUCCUCCACCCACCUUAUCAGCCUGGUGUGAGAAACCAUCUGCAGAAAAUGAGGGAAGGAGUCCCCAGGAUGCCACGGCCCAGAGAAACUUUUGUUUCCUCUCCUCAACCCACAUAGACUUGGUAGAAUUUCCUGAAAAGGAAGAGAGAUAUUCCCACCCACCCCACCCCCCUGUUUUCCAGAAUUUUCUCUCUCUACAUUUGUGAAUUUACCAGGCACAGCGAUAUCUCUGAGGCAUCCAGAUUAUCGAAAAUAAAUUGUCAAGAGACCCCCCCCAAAAAUAAAAUAAAUUGACAGAUGAAACAGGAACUUAGCUUUGUAGAUCUGAGGGAUAAUGGCUCAUGUUGACAUGGAAAGGUGUAAUUUAUAGCACAAGCAAUCUCUUUUCCAAACUCCAUUUACCUAAACCUGUAAUUUCACAUG